CAUUCAUUCUGCUUUCUGCCUGUUUCGGAAAAGCAUCGAACAUGUAAGAUAUUCCACACCGCAGAUAGUAGUGAAUUGUAUUGGCAAAAGUAUCAGUAGCAGUAGCAGCAGCUAAUAUCAUUGGAUCUCUCUGUCAGUGAGGAAGGACGGAAGAAAAAAAAAACGAAAGCAGUCAGCAGCCGACAUUCUGGGGCUGAAGUUUUGUUGGGAAAAUCCUAAGGGAAGCAGUGAUAUUUUUCUUUCCUCCCCCAUAUUUGUUGAAACAGUGAAAAGGUGUGUAACUUUGUGAAUGUGAACUCUAAAUUCAGUGAAACGCGGACAUUGUCGUCUUCGUCUUCGAGACCAGGCGCAGGCCGAGGAGAAAAUUUAUAAAAGUGUGGAAAAAAUCAAUCGUGGAAAAGUUUGGCUGAUUUCUGGCCGAGUGAGAAGAAAAAGAGGGUGCUACCCAUUACCGAUAACUACGGGGACCUAUCGGAAAACAAAAAGUGUUGUUGUACUAAUGACAUUCAAAGUGUUCCUCGUUGAUUACUUUCGUUAGAUACCGUGCGCUGAAGCUUGAAUGAAAUUCGGGCCCACUAACUAAUUAACAAAAAACAGUGCAAGUGAAACAAUCUGUUGAAUUCUCCUGAGGGGGAGGGUGCAUCGAGAUGGCCUCGGGUUCUGGCCACCAUCAGCAGCCGUCGACUUCAUCGUCAGCACCGUCGUCAUCGUCAUCGAUGCCCAGACGACGUCGGAAGCUGCCCCACCGGCAGGGCAACAUCCUAGGGCACCUGGUAGCUCGGCAACUGGGUGAUAAUGUGCGCCCAUUCCGGUCCAAUUUGUUCUACGAACGGCUCCGGAUCGCCAAAAAUCUGUACAAGAAGGAUCUGGUUUCGCACUAUGGCUGUGUCAAUGCCAUCGAGUUCAGCCAGGAGGGCGAGCUGCUUGUUUCGGGUGGCGACGACCGGCGCGUUCUGCUGUGGCACGUGGACAAAGCCAUCAUGGACAAAGAGGUCCCGGCGGCGAUGCAGAAACAGCACCUUAGCAACAUCUUCUGCUUGGGGAUGGAUUCCCGCAACGCUCGGAUCUUUUCCGGUGGCAACGACGAUGUUGUCAUCGUGCACGACGUUCAAACGAAAGAAUCGGUGGACGUGUUCUUGCACAGCAAACCCGUCUACGGGUUAUCGAUUGAUCCCUCAAAUGAUAAUAUCUUUGCCACAGCCGGAGAAGAUGGGAAAAUUCUGAUAUUCGAUCUGCGCGACAGUUCGGAUGUGAUGUGUGUGUCUCGUUGUCGAUCGCCCUUCCACGCGGUCAUGCAUCAUCCAUACGAUGCUGGGUUUAUUGUGACGGCGAAUGCGAAGGAAGGAGCAGCGUUGUGGGAUUUGAGGUCUCCCAAGAUGCCAACCAUUCGUUAUGGAGGAGAAAACGCUGCCCAGAGUUGUAUGAGCGUUAGAUUUAACGCUCUCGGCACACAAGUGCUAGCGCUGAGAAGGCGUCUUCCUCCGAUACUGUACUCAACAGCUUCGCCGGAACCGAUCUGCCAAUUUUAUCAUCCAGACUAUUACAAUUCUUGCACCAUGAAGAGCUGUUGCUUCGCAGGGGAGAACGAUCAGUACGUGCUGUCUGGGUCAGAUGAUUUCAACCUGUAUGUGUGGCGCGUGACAGACGCAGACGUUAAUGAAACAGAUCAAUGGGUUGAUCGGAACCAGAUGGUUCUUUAUGGCCACCGUUCGAUUGUAAACCAGGUGCGGUACAAUCCACAGAAGUGUGUUAUUGCUUCCUCGGGAGUCGAAAAGAUUGUCAAACUUUGGACUCCAUUCGAACUGGACUCGUGGCGCGGUAGUUUGACGGAAGAAGCCAUUGGUCCGGAAAAUCCAAGGGAAGUUUUUACCAACGAGGAGUACAUUUCUCUUAACAUGACUCAUGACUACAGUCACCAAUCUACCACGGAAGAUCCCAGAAUGAUGGCAUUUUUCGAUUAUUUGGUGCAGCAGGAAAUCGAGGGCUGGAACAGCGAAACUUCCGAUCAAAGUUCUGAACACAGCUCGGAUGAAAACGAAUCAUCGAGGCCGGACACAACACAAACAUCGGACACGGAAUCGGUUCAGAACUAUAUCCCGCUAAGGGGUCAGCACCAUAGCAGACGUGGGGAUGUAGCCCAGAGAACCAAGUACCGGAACCGAAUUGCCUAUCUUAUCGCCACCAAACGUAAUCGAUUGAAACGUUUGGCCCUCAAGACUGCAAACACCAGAACUGUUGUCAAUAGACGUUCCAUUACCAAAUCAAAGUAUGGUCUUCGAAAUCAACCCAAGCGGCCGGGUUUGGGAGCGUUGAGAUCCACUCGUAAAGGAGUGGGCAAGCGAAAUCGUAGACUAAGCACCAGCAAGUACAACAAGCGCCCAGUGUCCCAUGAGCAAACAAGCGAUUCGGAAGUUCCAAAAUCCACCAAGAAACGUCGGCUGCAAACGACUAACCUAAAUCUGGCAGUUUAUCGGACGUUCCGAAGAAAAUCAAAGGGAGGUACUCCCUCUUCCACCUCUAAUACUAGCACCCGGGUCGAGGAAUCCAGCUCCGAUGACGACGAUGCCGAUAACGACAGUGAACAGCAGGGCUCGCCACCGAAAAAGCUCAAGCUCGGGAUGGACAGCUAUAGCAAUCUACCGUCUACCUCUAGGGGUUUCAGCGGAGCCUCUGGUUCCACUAGUAGCGUGUACAACAACGGGGCUGGUCCCAGUGGGUUGUGCAACGCUGGACGGAGUGGUACGGCGGCGACAAGGACCAGUGGCAGUAGCACAUAUGUGAGCACGGAUACACCGAGCACCAGCACCGGAUUGACGGGCAACGGGAGAAACCUGCUGUUUCAUAUCGCGUCCACCACCAACGACGACGAUGACGAUUCGGACGACGAUCCAUCGAUUCCGGAUCGACCCACAUCACCGGACAACAUGCUCCGGGUGAUAACCUCACCGAUCAAUCACUUCGAAAUCCCAUCGAACUCGUCCGCCAUUCUAGCGGUGGAUCACAACGAUAACAACAUCCUGGAUCACAGCAACAACAACAGCAGCUACGUAAAUCACAACGGUGGCGCCGUCGUCUCGAAUACCGGCGGAACCGACACUGCUGCCCGGAUCAUCAAUAACAACAACAACAACGGAAAUAGUAUUCGAGCCCAGGGAACAGGUUCGGAGGUGGUACAACACAACAAUAACGGCGCUCAGAAGCGAAGUGUUCAACAAGUCGACAACCAGAACGAGUCGUCGUCUUCGUACAAUCAGGUCUAUGACCACACCUAUUCUAGUCGGUCCAACUCGAGGCUGUCCAGUAGCUACGAUUACGAUUGUUCCUCGAGCAAUGACAGUUUCGUGGACUAUUUCAACAACAAAAAGCGUCUACUGGCUUCGACGGCAAGCACAAAUGGGCACUCAACUCCAGCCGCUGGAGAAGAUCAACAACAACACCCGUCAACAAACGGUUCCGGACGGAAGUUCAUAGACUACAACCGGGAACUGCUGAACUACACACCGGACAGUGGCAUCGCUACCGGGCCGUGUAGUUCCGUCUCGACCAACGGGGUUCCGUCAAGUUCGAAGAAAUCACUGCCAGGUGGAGGAGGUACACCGAUGAGUUCAACAAUCGGCAAUAGCAGCAAUAGUAACGGUAACUACAUACCGGAAGCAGUUCCCGGAACGAGUUCGGCAGGCUCCGGAGCCAAUGGCUCGGCCGCAUUGGAUUUGGGUACCAAACUAUUCCAGCAGAAGGUGGCCCGGGUGCGGAAAAACUAUCGAAAGCACUUUUGUGAUGAUUCAGAUAGCGAAUAGGUUUUUUUUGUAUCUAGUUUUAAUUUUAUAUUGUACUCGUUUCGUUUUAAAUAUAUUUCGAGAGUAUUGAGACUUCUGCCACGGAAGAGAUGUAGAACCCGCUUAAGUCAAUCGCCGAAUGAAUUUUAUAUUUCACAAGCAAGCGAAAAUAGCAAUGUGUAUGGCGACCGUUACAAAUAUUUUAAUUUUCCUUUUUAUUUUAUUUUAUGUAUUUAGCUAUCGAAAACUUUCUGGUCUUUCAAAACUUCUAUUUCUAGUAUGUUAGCAAUACCUAUUCGAUUAUCUCAUAAGUUUAAGCUUACUGUUUUUAUCUGCGAUAGAAAAUGUGAAUAUGUUUUCAAAACGUUGGAACAAGAAUUAAAUUCUUUGAGAAUAAAAUAAAAACUUCUGAUAAGUUAAAUAACUUCAUCAAAAUAAAAAACGUUUUUGAAAA